AUGUAUCAAAAUAGACAGCCGGCGUAUGCCCCUACACCUCAUAGCUAUAUACCGAAUACCGCAUUAUCUGCAACCAUAAAUUUGGAUGAGGAAGUAAAGCUCGCGGAGUCUAGAGCGGAGCGCGACCUUCAAGACUCGCUCGCAGAAGUAUUUAGCAUCAUAAUCACUCUGGACCAACUCGAAAGAGCCUUUCUUAAGGAUGCGAUACCCGAAUCGGAUUAUACUGAGACUUGCGAUCGAUUACUGAAGCAAUACAAAGCUAUUUUAGCAGACGAAAGUGUAGCUAGGGAAUUCGUUGAUUUGGAGACUUUCAAAAAUGAAUGGGAUAUAGAGGUUCCCAGGGCCACGGAAAGACUUCGCAUAGGAUUGCCCAGCACCUUUACGGCGCCCUCACAUAAUGCAUCUACCGCCAACAACAAUGGUACUAACGGCACUUUAAUUCUAGAAGCGACGCAAGAUUUCAUAACAUUUUUGGAUGCGCUUAAGUUGGGAUUGCUGGCGAAGGAUCAACUACAUCCGCUGCUGUCAGACGUCAUACAAAGUGUAAAUAAGGUUACGGACAGGGACUUUGAGGGCAGGGGAAAGAUCGUGCAGUGGCUCAUUGCCUUGAAUCAGAUGAAGGCAACGGAGGAGGUUAGUGAGGACAAAGCUAGAGAACUGGAGUUGGAUAUGAAUUCCGCAUAUCAAGGAUUUAAAGCGACUCUAGCUUGA